CGUUGUCAUCAUGAAGCUUAACGUUUCUUACCCGGCAACGGGAUGCCAAAAAUUGAUUGAAAUCGUUGACGAACAUAAAGUCAGAAUCUUCUACGAGAAGCGUAUGGGCGCUGAGAUAGAAGCUGAUUCUCUUGGCGAUGAAUGGAAAGGAUACGUUGUACGUAUUGCUGGUGGAAAUGACAAGCAAGGAUUCCCCAUGAAACAAGGAGUCUUGACCAAUGGUCGUGUAAGAUUGUUGCUGUCAAAGGGUCACUCUUGUUACAGACCACGUCGUGAUGGUGAGCGUAAACGUAAGUCUGUUCGUGGUUGCAUUGUUGACGCCAACCUUUCGGUCUUGGCUCUUGUCAUCGUCAAAAAAGGAGAACAGGAUAUUCCCGGACUUACCGACAAAAACUUGCCCCGUCGAUUGGGACCAAAGAGAGCCGGAAGAAUACGCAAGCUAUUCAAUUUGACUAAAGAAGAUGAUGUACGUGAAUUCGUUGUCAAGCGACCUGUUACAAAAGAAGGCAAAAAAGAGUGCUUCAAGGCUCCCAAGAUUCAGCGUCUUAUCACUCCUGUAACCCUUCAGCGCAAACGUCAUAGAGUUGCUUUGAAGAAGAGACGUUGCGUUCAACGCAAAGAGCAAGCUGCUGAGUAUGCCAAGCUCUUGGCUCAAAGACAGAAGGAAGCUAAAGCCAGGCGUGCUGAAGAAAUAAAGAGAAAACGCAGCGCUUCAAUGCGUGACUCGAAAUCAUCCAGCCAAUCGGCUCCUGUUGCUAAUAAGUAA